GGACUGGACCCGAGAAGCCGCUGUGGCCGCUGGGGGGGGCCCUCCCACCCAAGCUCUUGCCAGCCUCCCCCAGGAGUCCACAGAGCAGCCAGGGUCCCCACCAGGCCUGGCGGGACCAGGAUGCUGCCCCCUCGCCUCCCCCCCGGCCCCACCCAACUCCCCCACCCACCCGAACGCCCAGCCUGACUGGAGACAGCCGGAUGCCGGCUGACCCCGGGCCCGAGGCGGGCAGUGGCUGGCCAGGCUUCCUCAUGUCCUGCCUGAAGGGCCCCCAUGUCAUCCUCAAGAUGGAGGCCAUGAAGAUCGUGCACCCUGAGAAGUUCCCCGAGCUGCCGGCGGCCGCCCCCUGCUUCCCACCUGCGCCCCGGCCCACCCCCGCUCUGGCGCCCAAGCGAGCCUGGCCCUCAGACACGGAGAUCAUCGCCAACCAGGCAUGUGGGGGGGACAUGCCUGCCUUGGAAGGGGCGCCCCGCACCCCGCCUCUGCCACGCCGGCCCCGCAAGGGCAGCGCGGAGCUGGGCUUCCCCCGAGUGGCGCCGGCAGACGAGGUCAUCGCCAAUCAGUACGUGAUCCGGCCGGGCUCUGCGGCCUCGGGCGGCCCGGCAGCCUCGGCGCCAGCCGCGGGCGAGCCUCUGGAGUGCCCCACCUGCGGGCACACGUACAACGUCACUCAGCGGCGGCCCCGCGUGCUGUCCUGCCUGCACUCUGUCUGCGAGCAGUGCCUGCAGAUUCUCUACGAGUCUUGCCCCAAGUACAAGUUCAUCUCUUGCCCCACCUGCCGCCGUGAGACUGUGCUCUUCACUGACUACGGCCUGGCUGCGCUGGCCGUCAACACGUCCAUCUUGAGCCGCCUGCCUCCCGAGGCGCUGACCGCCCCGUCCGGUGGCCAGUGGGGGGGCGAGCCUGAGGGCAGCUGCUACCAGACCUUCCGGCAGUACUGCGGGGCCGCGUGCACCUGCCACGUGCGGAACCCGCUGUCCGCCUGCUCCAUCAUGUAGCGUCUGCCCAGCCGCCGCCGCCCGCCCGCCCGCCCUCGCUCGCCGCUUCUUCAGGGAUCGGCCCUGCCCUGUUGCCUGCUGACCCCUUGCGCACCACAGCUUCUGGCCCCUACCCGCGUGGCAUUGUCGCUGCAGCCAACUUUGCCAUUAAAACUCUUUGCCAAAGUUU